UUCUGUUGCUGGGAGCUCCCUAGGAAAGGAACAUUGUUCAGAUCAGGAGGGGCUCUCCCACAGGGCCUCCAUCCUUAGUAUCCCCUCCUUACCUGCUGAGACUGUCACCCAGCACUGGCCCUGACUGACACUUUUCUGGAUAGACGGAUGGAGACAUGAGAAAACAAGUUUGAUUUGGACAAAGGGACCACAGGCUGCCUGGAGCCUCCUCCUGCACUGUGCAGUGUCCUUUGAGAACGAAAUUGAUGGUGUUAAGGUACCUGGAGAACAAGUCUAUUGGAGAGUGCACACAGCUGUGCACCUAGGAACCCUGACUCAGCUGACGUCCUCAGUGGAGAAGGACUAGGGGAAAGACCCCAUCAUGAAGUAGGGACAGCUUUGCGCCUGGGUCUUGGCCUCUGAGGGUAGCGAGGGUCCACCCACUUUCCAUUCCUGGCUCCUGAAUUCCGGGCAACAGGUCUCUUCAGGGAAGGAAGGUGGACACAGAAAGGGCUGAACCAGCAAGGACAGAGUCAAAGCAAAUGACAGCUACUCAGAAACACAACCUCUUCACUCCAGAACCCCACUACAUCCCUGGGAGUGGUUUCUCCCCUGCUUCUCUCCACAGUUAUGCUGGUUUCUAUCCUCAACUGCGCUACCAGGUGGGAAACACCUAUGGCCGCACCACUGCACAGCUGCUCACAGAUCCCAGCGUACAGAAGAGCCCCUGCUCUGUUCUGUCACCUAUGUCCAAGCCCAAGUUCAUUGAGGACUUCAGCAAAUCCAAGCCACCAUGGAUUCCCUGCAGGGACCUGACAGAGCCUUACAUCCCCCACUAUACCAGUCUGAAACCCUACAAGAAUUUUGAGAUCCUGGGCCAGCUCCCACGCCAGGAAGUGGACACCCAGGGGCCACCACAAGUAGAGAACACAUCCAGACAGAGACCACUGCCUGCAGGCUUCAUGCCUUAUCCCCCCUACCCAACAUGCCCUCCAGGCAGAAAGGGGGAAGCUAAAGACCUGGGCCAUCCAGGUCUACUGCUGGCAUACGGGGAAGAGGCUUGGAAGGACGCAGCACCUCUUCAGGAGCCCCCAGGGAAGUACCACCAGCUAUACCACUUCAGGAGGGAUGAGUAUCUGCCUCCACGUCCCCCACAGGAGACAUUGGAUGUGGACAGAUUCCAGCGACUUCCCCAGCUAGACCACCCUAACCUAAUCCAACGCAAGGCCAUCUCAGGUUAUGCCGGCUUUGUGCCCCGGUUUGCCUGGGUAAUGGGGGUGAAUUACCGUGAUGGUGUCACACAAGCUAUGGAUGACUUUGACAAGAACCAGUUUGUUUUCAGACACCCAGUCUGUGCCCUGGGUGAAAGGCUGCCUAGGACCCACUGGCCAAACACCACCAUCUACAGAAGCCAAGGCCUGAUUCCUUUCUAUAUGGGCUUCAUUCCAUCCAUGCAGGACAACUAUGCAUUGACAUUUGGUAACAGCACCCGAAGAGCCUAUCAGAAGGAACUGGAGAGGCGAAGCCACACACUAUGAAUUGCUUUAAUGGUGGUAUCUGUACAAGUGAUGUCAGGACACAGGACAGCAAAUGCACAGUGGACAUGGCUAGCAGACAGGCUGUGAAUGAAUAAAGAGUUCACACUGC